AUGAAGAAUUUGUGCGUGGUUAGUGUUGCCGCCAUCUUUGUGCUUGUCUCGAUGCUUGCACCGGUCGAAGCGCAACAGUGUGGACCACGAGUUCGAAAGGACUGGGAUGACCUGACAACGGUUGAAAAGGACACGUAUAAGGGAGCGGUGGCUGCUGCAAUGGAUUCUGGUGCCUAUAUCAAAUUCGUUGAAAUACACACUGAUAUGCAGUCGGAAAUGGAAGCUCAUCGUCAGUGCAUGUUCGUCUUCUGGCAUCGCUUGCUGCUUCUCGUUUAUGAGAACAUGCUUCGUGGACAAGGUCCGCAGUUUGCUUGUGUCACAGUACCGUACUGGAACUGGAUGGAAGCCAACAAUCGUUUACUUGCUGGAACAUGCUCUUCUAUUGGAGGCUGCUCCUCGAUCAUGAGCGAGCUUGGAGGUUCCACACGUGGAAGACAGCAAACAAUUACCAUUAACGGCGUUCGAUGCACAGGACGUUGCGUAAACGUGUCACCUCUGGAUCACUUUUGUCAGUCUGGAAUUGUUUCUGGCUCGUCCUGCGCUCGAUGUGUUCCACGAUCCAAUUGGGACGCAGCAUCAGUUCCAGGUAGUUCAAGCUUUGCGUCAGUCCGCCAACAACUUUUUAGCGGUCAAAACAUUGGACAAAUGUCAGUCAGUAUUGAGCGGGGCUGCCACAACAACGUGCAUUCGAGUCUAACCAGCACAAUGAGCACGUUGUCUGCUCCAGCAGACGUGAUCUUCUGGUCGCAUCACUCCAUGGUUGAUGCUCUUCACACCAUUUAUCACAAGUGUCGCGUUGGAACCAAACGUCUUACAUUCGCUGAGAAAGUAGUCCACCCCGUUGCCUGGUCUUCGUGUGCUAAGCGAGACGGAGGUUCAUUCAACCCGACUGAUGCGAUUGUUAUGCGCACUGGCGUUAAUGGUAGAAACCCGAUUGCAGGAAGUCAAGACCCGCUCAUCGGUCAAUAUUUCUCAAAUGUCCCCACCCAGUAUGCCGGGCUUAUGGAUGUACGUGAUCUGGGCGAAAGCAGCUACUCGUAUGAGCUCAGUGGUCAGCUAGCAGACAUGUACAACGACUGUGAUGGUACUCCGACUCCGACAUCACCAAAUGCAGCCCCGACCACACCGGAGCCUGUUACCGCUACGCCUCAGCCUGUUGCCGCUACGCCUCAGCCUGUUGCCGCUACGCCUCGCCCUGUUGCCGCUGCCCCUCAGCCUGCUGCCGCUGCCCCAUCACCAGUCAUAAGAGCGCCAGUCGCUUCACCGGUUGCGCCUCCGCAGCCUAAUCGCAGGAGCUGGAUGGACGAUCUUCGCAGCCGCUGGGGCUUCCGACGUAGACUUGAAGCGGCGUACGGGUGGUUAUGGUCCGUUAACAUCCUCCAAGGUGACAAUCCUCGUGAAAGCGACAUCGAUGUAAACAAUCUUGUGAUGGACACAAAUGUUUUUUCGAGCAACAAAGCUCCGGCAGCGGUUCCCAUGACAGCUUCUCCAACAAUCUCUCCCCAGUACGACUGUAACAACAAAAACGUCGCUGUGAUUGUGGUGGACAAGAAAAGCCCUGAAGCAAAGCUUGUGUCUACUUGGUAUCGCAAGACGAUGGCUGAUAUGGGUGGUGAGUGUCCUCAGGUCACAGCUGACCUGGAGCGUCAAAUUUGCAUGUACGAGGACCAAUGCCUGGGUGGUACCCCCGAAUACACCGCUGAGUUCAAAGCUACAUGGGGGGUAGACGAACCGCGCUGCUUGUCCAUCGUUAAGGCCAUCAAGUGCGGAAAAUUGGCAAUUACGUACGGGAAGUGGCGGGAGGACAUGGAAUCUUCUUUCGGCUGCCCCAAGCCUGUGAACGCAACUGGGUCUUCCAUACGGCUCGAUGUCUAUUCUGGCACUUUGUAG